UCGCCGUCUCGUCUCGCGUUACCUCCGCCGCCGUCGCGCUCCACCUCCACCUCCGCGUUUCCGCCGGUGGCACGACGAGCCCUUCUCCCCUCCCCUCCUCUCCGCGCGAGCGCGCGGGGGGCGAACGGCCGCCGACGCACGGUGCGGAUUGCCUCAACCCCUAGCCGAGCCCGCCCUGGCCUUGUUAUCCACCCUGCGCGCUCACGGACGGCGGUCGUCUCGGGUUCGGAUCGGACUGGAGGGGGGGAGAAAAACUCAUCAAGUAAUUGAAGGUGAAUCCACUUUUACGGGGUAUUUUCAUCUUUGCUAGUUUCAACUGCAAAAGGUUGAAGCAAAUCACCAAAGAUGACAUCUGAAGGGAACAAAACUGUCACACCUAAUGAACCACCAACCAUGGAGCAGGCAUCCAGUUCUGGUGCUAAGCGUAAGCGUGGUUGCUCACAGAGCUAUGAGUAUGGUAUGCAUGAAUCACUGCGUAGCUCACAGCCCAUUCAGAGUGUGAAUACAGAUCACAAUGCAUCAGUUAGAUCCAGUAGACCUAGAGAUUCUACCAAUCUGCUUAAGACUUCUCUAAGCCAAGCCUCCAAUCACAGUGGUGCUCCCUUGCAAGGUAAUUCAGUCAAAGAUGAUAUCGUUGGCAAGUAUUUUGUUGGUAAGAUGUCCAAAAAAUUUCCUGGGUUUUCUCUGAUUACGGUGAAAGUGAAGGACAAUCAGGUUCUCAAAGGCUGGAUUCCAGAUGAAAAUAACCUCCGCCCAAUAACCCCGAAAGAUGAUCUUGCCCCAGAUCUUCCUAUGCUUCGACCAAGUCAAGUUCGAAAGAGGCCAUCUAAUAUUUACAGGCAAGCUGCUGGUCAGGAUGUUACAUUUGCAAAGCCUCUACAGAUGAGGAGGCCUGAUGAGAAAUCUGUCGCUAAGUGACAGAACCUGAAGUUCUGAAAAAAUUUUGAAGUCUAUAGAAGUUCAGAGAAGGCAAAAGUUAGUUCAGAUUGGGAAGAAAGAACCUGCGGCUAUGAUUUCUCUGUACCGCUUCAAGUGGCAUCUGGAUGGUUGAAAUUGAUCGAUGUAAUCACUGUUGCUGUGAUCUCUUUUCUUAAACCCUGUGGUGUCCGCAUUGUUUCUAGUGGCUGCGAACUCCAGAUAAGCCUGCCGGUGACUGGAGAGGAGUAUCGAUGAAUUUAAACUUAGUUUUGUUCCUCAUUUCUGCGUUUCUCAAUGAAUUCUGGUCCAGGGUUUGUUGUACCUGAGUAUAUAUCUGAUACAUUGGCCAAAGAUUAGGCGAUGUCAUGUUGUCUCAGUAUAGAAAGUCGAGUCAGAAUAAUAAGCUUAUGAAGGUAAGGAAUAUUUGCGUGA